UAUAUUUUUUCAUAUAACAUCUGUUUUGGUAAGGGAUAAUUACAGAUAAAUCCCUAUUGCAAAACUCAUAACGCGGAUCAGUCCCCAUUGCGGCACUGCCAUCUGUUUUAGGGACUGACUUGCAAGUGAAACUUGGCAAGGGAUUGAACUGCAUUUUUAGUUUGGCAAUGGGAAUUUAUCUCUAAUUAUCCCAUUUGGUAAUGCUAUUACAUUUUCCUACAUUAUGUCUAGUACAAUCUCUUUGUUGGAUUCUUCAGUAUCUGCUAAAAUACUAUAUAUGGUAGUAGAAAUGAAAUCCUGCGACUUGGAUUUGUUUUAUCAUAUAUAGGUAAUUGGGUUUAUCAUUUUUUGCUUGUAAAAAAUUAGUGGAAUAAAAUUUUCACUAAUCUUAUUUUUGAAAAAACGGAUAAAUGCAAUGCACAUGCAAUAAAUUUGAAUAUUACAAAAUAAAUAAUAAAUCCAAUGGCUUAAAUACUAUAACGUUCCUUCAAACCCUACACCCAACGAUUACCCUCAGUUGUAUUUCCGAGUAAUAUUUCCGUGCAACACGUGUAUUAAUCGAAAGUUAAGUCGUAGUUAAAAAAACUAACAAAAAAGGACGCGUGUUACUUUUAGAAACUAUCGGUGAUAAUUACUCCGUGUAAGAUCAAAUAAACCAAACUAGCUCCAAUAUCGUAAGUAUCCGUUCGUACGGUUAUCGAUAAAUUCAACGAACUAACCUUCCGUACAAUUUUAUUUGUCGUUUUAAGUUAAUGAUCAACGGUGAAUAUCGUAAACGAAUAAACUAAUUACUUGAAUUCCUAAAAUGACUAAUAAUAUUUGGAAAAAAAAAAUACUUUUUUAUUUUUAUUUUGCUACACACACAAAUAAAAUAAAAUAAAAUAGUCAGCACAUUUAAUUUAUUACAUUUUGCAGAAUCGAAAUUCAGAUUUUUCCAAUUUACAAAACAGGAAUAUUUUUUAUUAGGAAACCAAAUUACGUAAAUUAGCUGUACAUCCCAAAAUCUGACGUAAGAAAUAUGUCGUACUCCUAGCUGUCAAAAUCAUUAUCCAGUCAUCUUCUACCACUCCCACUCCUAUAUAAACCCCCACUCGACUCAUCAGCCAUCACACAUUUCUGCAUUGCUCUGAAUUCCUCUCCUCUCAAUUCAUCAAACCCUAGUUUUCUGUUUUUGAUUUUGUUUCUGUCAGUAAUUGAUAUGAAACGAAGGAAAGAACAAAACAACGUCGUUUCGAUCCCUGAAUUGGACGACGAUGUACUCGAUUCAAUUUUCUCUCACCUCCCAAUCAAAGAAGUCCGCGACCUCUCCAUUCUCUCGCACAGAUUCCGAUACUCAUGGAAAUUCUGCCGGAACUUAUCCUUCGACCGACACUUCGCCGGAACCAUGUCGACGGAGAAGUUCAAAAACUCCGUCAACUAUUUCUUCAAGCACCACCGGAGCACCUCCGCCGACAAAUUCCGGCUGUACUUCGACGCCACCAACGACGUCAACCUCGUGUCGUGCUGGACUCAGAAGGCCGUCAAUUUAGGGAUCAAGGAAUUCGAACUGGAUCUAACGCCGACGAAGACGAUUCUGAUGCUGAGCUGGGAUCUCAUCAACGUGGAGACGAUCAAAUCCGUGACGCUCGUCAACUGCGAGCUCCACCUGCCGUUAAACUCAAACGGCCUCCGUCACUUGAAGGAGCUCACGCUCCGGUGCGUUAGGGCCCGGCCCGUUCUGGUGAAGGCGGUGCUUGCUAACUGCUCGUCGCUCACGACUUUCCGCCUCGUGCGGUGUAGCUGUAUUUACAAUCUGAGGAUUCUCUGCGGACCGGAUUUGAAACGGUUCAAAACGCUGGUUGUGGAGAAUUGUUCGGAUUACGAUUCCGUCGCUAUAAUUAACGCUCCUUCUCUGUGUUCAUUCCGUUACCGUGGAAAGAUCUGUGAGUUUCGGAUCCAGUGCCAUAUGGAGCGGUUAAAUGACGUGGCAUUCGAGAUCGAACAUUCGAAAGAUUUCCGGAUGCUUCCUCACAAGAAGGAAAUGGUGGUUGGUAUUGCCUAUGUUAGACAUCUCACUAUUUCCAGUGCUUUUCUUGAGGGGCUAACUUCGAAAUUCGAGGAGAUGGAAUUCUACUUCUGGAGACUAUUGAAAUUACAGGUGACCGUGGCAUCAGAAAGUUACAUAAAUCCUUCCGACAUCGCCAACUUCCUCAAGAAGUGCCCGCGUAUUGAGAAUGUUUUCAUCGACAUUGGGCAGAAUGCAUUUGGGAGUAGUCCUUAUUGGAUUAUGAAAGGGAGGAAGUGUUUUGAUAAGUGGGAAACAUUAUUUCCAUUACUCAAAUAUGUGGCAUUGGAAGGCUUCACUUUGAAGGAGCAAUCUAUUACAAUGGCUAGAUUCUUUCUGAAGAAUGCAAUUUACCUUAGACAUUUAACUCUUAUUAAAGCCAAAAACUACAAUUUUCCUCCAACAUUUACCCUAAACUACCUUGUUUCGGGAAUACUAUCUAAUGCGAGAAUCGAACUCAUUGAGUAUAACCGAGAAUCGACUACUACCAUGAUACCUGUACGUAAUCCUGUGGGAUGAUUACUACCCCCUUUGCUCAUACGAUAUGUCUCUUUAGAGAGUUUAUUUUGUCCCCAAAUUAUUUGUAACUUUAUAUUUUCAAUGAAGCAUUAACUGCACUUUUUUCAA